CUUCUUCACCUGACGCUGUGUAGGUGGCUCUGACUGCUCAAUAUUAGGUGUGUGUAUAGCUACACUUUACCUGUGGGAGUAUCUCUCUCACCAUUAUUCACCUUUGGACUGUGAGCAGAGUUUAUUUGUGUCUGGAAGACUUGGACUUUAUCCUGAUUAUUUCCUGGUCAUGCUCACAUGCCGGAUCGCAUGCAUCUUAGCGAGCAAUAACAACACGGCUAGAUGUUUCUGAACUCACUCUACAUCUCUGAUUCACACAAGAGAUAAAGCUUGAGUGUGGAUUUUCUCAAUUUUUUAGAUUGUGAUUGAAAACUCUUUACCUGUGAAGGCUGUGAUUGUUACUGUGAGCUUAAGCGGCUACUGCACAUUCAGGCAAGAUGAUGGAAGAGGUGUCCAUGACGAUGGCAUGCGAUGCCAACACUAUGGAGCAGAUGAGCGAAGAGGAGAUCCUGGCCUGCCUGGUGGAGGAAACGGGACCACAAUUCAAUGUUCCCACGGAGAAAGCUAAACUGAAAGAGAGCCGGCUUCAACUAAUGGAUGAUGAAGAGCCUUUGGACAAAUACCUGAAGGAGAACUAUCGGCUGCAGCAAGCCAGCCUCCGUCUGGAGCAGGAGAACGACAGCCUCGCACACAGACUGAUCACCAGCAAGAUCGCAAUGAAGAACGCUCUGGACCAGGCCGAGGACCGAGUGGACGAACUCACCAAAGACCUUCUUCAGACCACACACCUACUGCGGGCAACAGAAGAGGAGAAGAGAGGGAAAGAGGAGGAAGCUGCAGUGGCAAAGGAAGUGUUUCGGAGAGAGCUGCAGAAAGCUGAGCAGGAAGUCAGAAGGUCGUCUGGUGUCAUUGCAGACUACAAACAGAUCUGCUCUCAGCUGACAAACCGUCUGGAGAGGCAGCAGGCCGCCCACAGAGAAGAGUUAGACUCACUCAAGAGUGCAGUGAAGGCUUGCUCACGCUGUCAACACAUCGUAGAAUCAGAUGCAGCAGAUCAGAAGUCUCCAACAGAAGCAGCCAUGGAAGGCCACGGGAAUACUGACCCAGGCCGCCAAGAGGAUGAAAAAAGUCUCAAAAAGGCAGAGCAACGGAGGAUAGAAAAGGAGAAGGAGUCCCUCAGGACCGAGGUCAUGGAACUGGAGCAGGAAUUGGCCAACACCAAACUCCAGAUGGUGGAGUCCAAGUGCAAGUUCCAGGAGCUGGAGCACCAGAAGGGAAUCCUGGCCAACGAUCUCCAGGAAGCCAAGAACAGCUGGAUCAGCAAGGCCUUCACCUCCCUUAAGACCUCCAGCACAGGCAGGCUGCGCAGUAUCAGCUUACCCAGAGAAGGAGCUCCUUCAGUGGUGUGGAACCUCCGCAGAGGCUCCCUGUCUCAGUGGAGUGCCAGGAAGCUGACGUGGCCUCACAGAGAUAAUCGAGAAAACCUCUAAAAGCUUGGACUGUGAAUGUGCAGACUGCUAAAAGUGGAAACAAUUGAAGGAUCAGAUCUCGGAGUAUUUAUUCACAGUGUUAUGUGCAAAAUGUGGCCAAUACUGUUGCUGCUGUACCAGAGGGCAGUCUAGAGCAUCAUAGGAGUAUCUGAAGGCACAUGAAGCUGCUGUCAAAGAAAUUCUCUAUAUGUGUUGAACUCUUUCUAACUACUGAACACACUAGUGAAGUUUUCCUUGUUUGUAAACCAAAUCUGCCAUGUGUUUUAUUUUGUACAUAAUUAUUUCAUUUGUAAAAACAACAUUAAAGCAAGUUUGACUUAA